UAAUUGGACCGUAGGUACAAACGAUUUGAAAUCAAUCAAAACCCAAAAGUUGGGUAGUAGUAGAUAAUACAAAAGGCAAAUUAAUGCAAUGUGAUUUGUUUUGCUUUCCUUUUCAAACUUUGUUUUUGACCGUACAUUAACUUUGACCAUAUAUUGCAAGUGGCUAUCUUAAUUAUGGAAAAGCAUUCUGAUAUUGAAAAAAGAGAGACUGUUGUUAUUUGCCCAAUUUGUAAUAAACACUUUCAACAGAAUAUUAUUGAGGAACAUGUCAAUAAAUGUUUAUUUCUUAACACAGAAGAUAUAAACAAUACACCCAGUUCUAAAAGAAAUGGAUCACACUUGAAAAAUUUGACACCAAAGGACAAAAAAAUUAAAUUAGAAUCAACUCCCAGUCCAACUUUUCCCAAUAAUAAUCAGGUGCCACAAUUGAAUAAAUUCAGAGAUUCCAAAACUUCUAAAGAUAAACAUCUUCCUUUAGCUGAACAAUUGAGGCCCCUAUGUUUGGAUGACAUUGUUGGCCAACAUGAUGCAUUUGGUUCUGGCUCCAUGCUAAGGUCUAUGCUAGAGCAAAAAAAAGUGCCAAACAUGAUAUUGUGGGGUCCACCGGGAUGUGGAAAGACAUCUUUGGCUAAUGUUGUGGCAAAUAUAUGUAAAGAACAAAACAACAUGAGAUUUGUGAAACUGUCUGCUACAAUGGCUGGCAUAAAUGAUGUGAAAGAAAUAGUAAAGGUGGCUAAAAAUGAAUGUCAAUUCAAAAGGCAAACAGUGUUGUUCAUGGAUGAGAUUCACAGGUUCAACAAGCUUCAACAAGAUACAUUUCUGCCACAUGUUGAGAACGGAACUAUAACCUUGAUAGGUGCCACUACUGAGAAUCCUUCAUUCAGCCUAAAUAAUGCCUUGCUCAGUCGCUGCAGAGUGGUUGUUAUGCAGAAGCUUAGUGUAGAAGAUGUAUUGGUUAUCUUAAAACGUGCAAUAAAUUCCCAUGGACAAGUUCAAGUAGUUUCUGACAGCAAAGAAUUAAAUGAUACUGGCACACCUAGAUUCAUAGUAGAAAAAGAAUCACUAAAAUGGUUGGCAGAGGUGAGCGACGGCGACGCCCGCAUUGCUUUGGGUGCUCUUGAAUUAGCUCUGACGGCCAGGGAUCCGGGAGAUGAAUUGCAUGUCACUGGCCCAGUCAUACUGACACUUGACGAUAUCAAGAAUGGAAUUAAGCGGUCGCAUAUGCUGUACGACAAACAGGGAGAGGAGCAUUACAACACGAUAUCAGCCAUCCACAAGUCCAUUCGAGCGAGUGACGAUAACGCAGCCCUGUACUGGACUACGCGGGCAUUACACGGAGGCGAAGACCCUUUGUAUAUUGCGCGCAGACUCGUAAGGGCAGCAUGUGAAGACGUAGGAAUUGCAGACCCUAAUGCUCUGGUAGAAGCCGUGGCAUGCCUCCAAGGUUGUCAGCAUAUAGGCAAGCCCGAGAGCGACAUAUUGCUGGUACAGUGCGCAGUGAGGCUAGCCAGGGCGCCUAAGAGUCGGGAAGUGUACAAUGCCAUGAAACGGUGUCAACAAUCUUUGAUGGAAGCGAAGGGUCCUUUGCCACCUAUACCUCUUCAUUUGCGUAAUGCUUCUUCGAAGCUAAUGGGACAAAUAGGUUAUGGAAAAGGCUACAAUAUUCUACACAAAGACGAGUCUGGACUCGAAUAUAUGCCUGAAGGGUUGGAACAUGUAGACUUUUUUAAUUCUAACACCAGCAUAGGGUAACCUUGAUCUCCGGGGACAUGAUAUAACCAUUUAUUUUUUGUUAUGCACAAAAUAGUAUGACUAUAAGGAAACACCCUGUACAAGAUGUCUGGUAAAUCGUGUUACAUAAUGAAAGAUAAAUAAAAUAUGGGGUGAAAUAUAAAAGCAAGUGUGCAAUUUUGAUAUUAUUAUUUUUUUGAUUAUUUUUAUCUUUAAACUAGUGACGCGAUUUAUCAGACACCCUGUAUAAUACAAUGUGAUAAAAGUUGGAAACUGUAAAAUAAAGUCCAGAAGUCCUA